AUGCCAGCGUUCCAAGCCAUUAACGUCGAGCCGGAGGAGAACCUCGACGACGAGAUUGAUAACACGCGACAAAUCCAUAUCGACGAAGCCUUGAAGCGCUUCCAGACCGCCCUCAAGCUUCAUGCGCAAGGCCCUCGAUUCUUUGAUGAAGCGACCGAUGCAUACGAUGACCUCUUCAAAUCCGACAUCUUUCAAUACCCUGAAGCCGCGACCGAGUACGAACGAGCCGAGCUGCCGGCAAGCCAGCUUGCUGUAGAGGCCUCUUUCGCUGCUGGUAUCGACAUACAAUCAGGAGAGGUAGACGGAGCGGACAGCACUCUCCCCCAGGCGCUCUUCCUGGCGCACAAGAACCACGGACAAUUCCUCCUCGACCGGAUAAAACACACGGCUCGCAGGACGGCUGUUCCACCCAAGGCAUUCUUCCAGCAAGAUGACGUCAAAGAGCAAGCGCAGAAGGCGCUCCUCGAUUUCAAUGCGGCUCUCGAUCGCGACCCCUCGGAUGCCGAGCUCUGGAGGCGAAUCGCGCGAGUGGCAGGUUAUCUCAACAGUGGCCGCAUCAGGCGAUACUGCCUCGAGGCAGCCAUUGAGCUUGACGACGAUCCGACCGUCGAGGAGGUCGAGCCCCCGUCGCUGGCGGAGGGUCUCGCGGGCGAGGAACUGAAGGAACAUCUCCAGGUCUUGUCAGAUGACAUGGGUCUGUCGCACCCCAUCCUGGGGCCCUGGGUCAAACACGACAUGCCGGCGCUCAUCAAGCGCCAUCUCGACCCCAUUCCGUUCCUGCCCAAUCCGACGAAAAGUCUCGAGACGACUCGAUCAAUCCUUACCGUGUCAGAGUCCAAAAUAUCGAUCCGCUGUCCCACAGCCGCCUGGUCCGAGCUGGGCAUGGCCCUUGUGCAGCUCGUUGCCGAAGUGGGCUUCACGGGCAAGGGUAUUACGAUUGACCUUCCCAAUAGCGAACCCGACGAGGAAGCAAUGGACAUCACGGAUGCCAUACAGAAGCAGCUCAAUGAGGAAGUCAGCAGUGCGGCCGUUGACGUUGGUCUGCCGGAUGCCAUGGAUGUGUCGGACUCUGCGACCAAGACGGAGGCUGCUGACGAGAGGGCAGCCGCCGAUGGACUUAAACCUCGAAGCGAGGCCGCAUCGGCCCCAGCGAGGAAGCGGUCUCAGUCGGUUGCCGGUCUCGCGGAGGCAGGCGAAGACGAAAAUGCUGGCGAGAAACGCAGCAAGAGAAUCAGACGCAGGGAGACGGCUGGCGCCGGAGAGGUCGUCAACUCGAGCGCACUGCACGCGACGCAGCUCGCUCAGUACCAGGCGGUGGAUCAGCACCUGUUUCAAAAAACAAAAGAUGUGCUCGAGAACAUUGGCGUCACGGACCAGUCGGUCCUGGACCGUAUCGGCGAGAUUCUUGAGCUCUGCACGUCUGAAGAUCGUUCGGACAAAUCAACGAGCCAGGCCACCAUUGACCUCAAGAGUACGAUUACCUCCUUUAAUGCGGACAAUGCCAAGAUUUUGAUCAACAAGAAGGAGACGGACACCCUCGGAAUGUCUGCCUUCCUCGAGCACGCGAAAGGCGGUAACCAAAAAGUCUCGGCAUCUCCGGCCUUUCGCGAAUCUCACGGCCUCGGUUCUUUCGCCAAACGCCUCAACGCGGGCUGGACCACAGUCCAGGACAUAGCUUGGGAAUGGCUCAAGACGAUUGCUCCAAGCUAUGUUGAGUACAAGUGGUCGGACAUGAUGAAGGCAGCGGUCGUGCAUGUCAUUAGCCGUUUCGAUCAGGAUAUCUACGAAAUGGCAAAGUAUGAAAUUGAGGCCACUGCGCAGUCGAAACAUGCCGAGCAGGAGCUGAUGAGAAUUCACAACCUUGUCGAGAUGCUCUUUGAGCUCCACCUCGACAUAUACGAACGCAUUACCAAUCCCAAUAGUGCUGUCGAGUAUAGCAUCCGAGUUGAGGCCAAGGGGCGUCUCGCGCGAUGGCUUGCCUUUGCGUCGGAGCUUUUUCAAGCCUGCCUUGACCCCAGAAGCGAUCUCGCCGCCAGGUUCCUCUGGGCUGCCGUCUUUUCGACGACCCUCACCGACAAUGUCUCACGCGAAUACAUUUUGCAGUGCUGGACCAGCCUGCGCGACUUUCUCACAAAUGAAGGAGUCGAGGCGCUCUUUUUGCAGAACAAUGCUGUCCUCACGGAAAUCUCGUCGGCUGCCGCUGACCGAGAGAUUUCCAAGCUGACGACGAUGGAUUUUUUCUUGGGUCUCUUCCAGGACGAUAUUAGCGAUCCCGUGGCCAUUAUUGACAAUCUCGAGCCAGUCUUGAACGCCGACUCUGUAUAUGUGCCCAGAAGCGACAGCGAUGGGGAAGCCAUCUCGGGGAAGAACAAGAGGAUACCAAUCAGAGAUUGUGCCAGUCAAGGGCUGCAGGAUCUCUGGAAGUUCAUCAAAGGCACGAGCACCGAGUUGCGGUUAUUCCUUUGGUCACGCCUCAGCGACGCAUAUGGAUCGAUAUCAUACGCGACAAAACAGUUUUCCUGUCAGCUACGAGCCAUCGAGAUGGUUGUUGCUGAUUUCGAGGGGGAUCUCUAUCUCAAGAACCCAAAUGAUACCCGUCCGGUGCUCUUGCUUCGCAUGAUGAAGUCACUCGACGAGCUCCUCAUUCGCGCCCUGUCCCUGGCGCUCAAUGAACAGAGCGCCUAUGACAUUGUCGACGAGGACCACCUCAAGGCGACGGCAGCUGCUCUCGCGAAGCUGAGCUGUAUGCUCCACGUCUCGGCCUCCUUGGAAGACGAGAUACGGAUCGGCAUGACACAGGCGCCUUCGGGUGGCUCUGUCUUUCAGGCAUUCAUGAACAAGCUCCGGGAGAUCCAGGUGCGCACGUGGUGUCUGCAGUAUACCGUCCUGAAGACUGGCAUCAUCCAGCACACGGAUGUGUUCCCAAAGCACGAAAGCGACCUGGCCGAGUACCUCGCUGCGAUCCACAAUGUCCUAGGCCCGCGCAAGAGUUGCAAGGCUUCCAACAAGAUCUUCCUCAAGAUGAUGCGGAUGGAGCUGCUCAAGCUGAAGAACAUUGACAACUGGGAAGACUACCUCGGACAGGUGCUGUAUGAUUUACACGGACUGAAGCUAGGCGUUGGAAUCUGGGAGGUUCAGGACCACGGGUGUCCGCCGGAAAAGCUCGAGCGGCGCAACACGAUACAGCUGGCCGACAAGAUUACGGUUCUCGCCCGACGGAUGCCGAUGAAGGACCUGCUGAAAUCCGAGCUUAAGACAACCAUUGAACACAUGCAAGGCGCCAUUGGCCCCGUGCGGUCAACACCACAGAUGGUACACAACUUGCGAAACUACACAGAGUACUUCAAGCGUCCGGUACACCCCCUUCGUCUAUAUCAAGCCCUCAAAGGCGGCGUCGAGCUCGAUACCGUGUCCGUCAAUGCCCCCGAGACGGUCCUCGCUAACCACGGUUGGUUCUUCCUUCUCGGGUCCAUUGCUCUGAGCAAGUACAAGCUUGUAGAUCUCAGCAAAAGGCAGACGCCCGGCGCCAUGGACGACCUGCGAAUCGGAGCGACCUUUCUGCGACACCAGCUGCAGUUCACGCCGAACAAUUGGGAGGGCUGGUUCCGGCUCGCCGAAUGCUUCGACUACGAAGUCGAGGAUGCCGUUGUUUGGUCUGCCGACAAGAUGAACAAGGACAGAGCCGAGCUUGUCAAGUUUCAGCGCAACUCGAUCCACUGCCACACGCUCGCGCUGUCCAAGUCUGUGGGUGCCGACACGGACUAUGAAGAGGGAGAUCCGUUGCAUGAUCUCUAUCACAAUUUUGCCAUGCGCUUGUACGCGUCGAGCCGGGAACCGUUCGCCAUGGAGCCAUUCCAGCAUUCUAAUCACGAGCGGACGUUUAUCGAGAACACCGGCAUGGGCACGUUCCAACGGGUCUUGCACAACCAGAUGCAGGACUACAAGGUGUGGAAGUACGCCGCGGGCCUUUUCCACAAGGCCAUGCGGAGGAAGCCUUGUAACUGGAAGAACCCAUUCAUGGUCUCGAAAUGUCUGUGGAAAAUGUAUCAAACGCCAGACGAGAACCUUAGCGCCACGGACCGCGCCACGAAACCGACGGUUGACCGUGUCAUCAAGGCGCUGGAGCAUGCAAUCGAUGUCGCUUCAGCCGUGCCCAAAACUCGCAACAGCGACCCCAUUUUGGAGCCUCACUACAAGAUCUUGUCCAUCGCGCAAAAGUUGGUGACACGGGGAGAUCUGUCGUCUGAACAGGCCACCAUCAUCCUCGCACGACAACCGUUUGGCAUCAGAGCCGAGACGGACGAUGGUGACACCUCUGAGGACACUGAGGACUGGGAGGAGUACGUGAUCCGAAGUCUACGGCACCUGCGUGACAAGGACAAGUCAAACUGGCAACACCGCAUGAUUGUCCGUCAUGCGCGUCUGCUGUUCGACGACUCGGCCCAGUCCAAUGCCGACUAUGUGCAAGCCAAGGCCGCCUUCAACGUGCUUCGAGAGUCCAUGUUCACCAAGACAAUGGUCAUGAACGUCUGGAAAUGCGAGGCCGAACGGCCCGGGCGGCACCACGUCUUUACUGAGCAAUAUGUGCGCCUCAUGGUCAAGAUUCUUGUAGUCAUGAGCGACAGGGUCAGCCUCGAGGCGCUUCUGCGGCGUAUUCGCAAAAAGGGAACCGAGUUUUACCAUUUUGCGGAUCUCUGGCAGACCUGCUGCCACUCGUACCUUGCUCUCUUGCGACAGAGCCAUAAGGUGCGACCGAAUGAGGAAGACAAGUUCAAGUUGGUUGCGACGGAGGAUUUCGAGAUCAUGGCCGACCGUCUCGCAGAGUGGGCCGGCGAGUUUGCAGGCGACCUGCCAGUCCUACAGUGUAUGAAGGAGGCCAUCGAGCUCAAGAAACUCAAUGGCGGUCUCAUGAAAGCCGGCGCGAUUGACGAGGUCAUAAACGACUGCUACACCUACUUGUACCUCGAGAUUGGUCCCACGCUGCCAGGACCCAGUCCAAGCGAAGUGCUCGAGGCCCGCGCCCGCGCCCGCGCCAGGGAGGAGGCGCAGAACGAUGCGUCCAACUCGCUGAAGCCGCAGAGCACCCUCACCAACAUUCUCAACCCGCCGGGCAGCCAGGAGGCGAACGGAGACGGCGAGAAGCAAGCCGAGGCGUUGCCCCGUAAAAAGGUGGGCAUUCGCCGGCCGGACAUUCUGCGCAGAGCCGAGCAGGUCUACACACGGGCCAUGGAGGCGCCCAAAUCUGCCGGCCUCGCAUCCAAGUCUCGUCUAGGCUCCAUCUCGAGCGGCAAACGCGGCAGCAACACGCCCAACGGUGGCGAAGCUGCCAGCCCGGCCAGCGACGGCUCCGACAUGGACGAGCCCGUCGGCGAUGAUACCGAGAUGAAGGACGAACCGACCAUUGACGAGGGCGACGAUCCUGAUGCAACGGCCCAGAUGACCGCAGCGUCGAGUCCUCGCGGUAGCAUCCACGACUCGGCCGACGACGAGAGCGACCUGAGCGAUGUGCCUGAGGGCUGGGAUGAGGAGCCUCCCCCAUCUAUGCUGUUCCAUGAUAUGAAGGCCGAGGAUGGGCAUCACAGCAGCGAUGAGGAUGCCGACGAGGCUGACGAGGAGGGUGACGAAGAGCAGGAGGACGAGCAGGAAGACGAGACGAUGGGUGGUGUCGACGCCGACGUUGAGGACGAGACCAUGGAAGCCCACGAGGAAGACGAGACUCUCGCUGGCCACGAAGACGAGAUGCUCGAUGACCACGAAGACGAGACGCUUGGUGACCACGAAGAUGAGACGCUUGGUGACCAGGAAGAUGAGACGCUCGGUGACCACGAAGACGAGACAUUAGAAGGUCAUGAGGACGAUGAGACAAUGGAAGGUCACGAGGAAGACGAGACCAUUGGUGGUCCUGAAGAAGAUGAUGAAGAGGCGGAGGAAGAGGAAGAGGAAGAAAACGAGGAGGAAGCGGAGGAAGGGGAUGAAGCUGAAGAGGCUGAAGAGGGCGACGAGGCUGAAGAAGAUGAAGAGGCAGAGGAGGAGGGGGAGGACGAAGCCGAGGAAGCUGGAGAAGACGGCGAGGAGGAAGAUGAGGAGGAGGAGGAGGAGGAGGAGGAGGAAGAGGGGGACAGUCGCGAGGUUGCCGACGAAGACGAGGAAGGCAGCGAGGCUGUCGAGACGGAUGGUUAA